CAGUAAAUAGCAAUUAAUUUCUUACUAAGAUCUUUUAUUAUAAAUUAGUUGCUAUACAGGGUGUCCCAGAAACUGGGACAUCUCUUAUCUAUCCUUAAUUCUCAUUUAUCCAUUUAUCUCUUUAAUUAUCCACAUUUGAUCUUUGCUUAUGCUUGCUAAAAAAGGUUGAUAUCUUCUCCAACAUCUGCUCCAAAAAUUCAACGAGCCAGCACUCCUGAAAUAACCAGUCAUAAUGAGUUCUCCUGAGUCUUUACAUGGGGUGAACUAUGCACCACCACGUAGUUUUGGGACAGUGCUUAAAGCAAACCUAAAAGAAACCCUAUUUCCAGAUGAUCCAUUUCAUGAAUUCAAGAAUGAGAAAUUAUCAAUCAGAAUUCUAAAGGGGAUUCAAUAUUUUGUGCCAAUUUGCCAAUGGUUGCCAAAGUACAAUCUUGGGCUAUUCAAGUAUGAUCUUCUUGCUGGAAUUACAAUUGCUAGUCUUGCCAUCCCACAAGGAAUAAGCUAUGCAAAACUUGCCGACCUUCCUCCUAUUAUCGGACUCUAUUCAAGCUUUGUUCCCCCUCUUAUUUAUGCUAUUUUUGGAAGUUCAAGGCACCUUGCUGUUGGAACAGUGGCAACUUGCUCAUUGCUUAUUGCUGAAACUAUUCAAGUAAAAGUUAAACCUCAAGAAAAUAUGCCAUUAUAUCUCAGUUUGGUCUACACAGCCACCCUUGUCUCUGGUUUGGUGCAAACAACUUUGGGUGUCCUAAGGCUUGGUUUUUUGGUGGAUUUUCUAUCACAUUCAACAAUUACUGGAUUUAUGGGAGGGACAGCAUUAAUUAUUUGCCUACAGCAAUUGAAGGGCAUUCUUGGCUUGAAGCAUUUCACUAGCCAUACAGAUGUAGUUCAUGUUUUACGUUCUGUUUUUGAACACAGAAAAGAGUGGACAUGGCAGUGUGUAGUUGUUGGUGUAAUCUUCCUUACAUUCCUACAAUUAUCUAGAUAUGUGAAAAAGAAGAAACCAAAUCUAUUUUGGGUUUCAGCCAUUGCUCCAAUAAUUGUUGUUGUAGUUGGAUGCCUUUUUGCUUACUUAUUCAAUGCUGAGAAACAUGGCAUACCCAUUGUGGGAAAGUUGAGUAAAGGAAUUAAUCCACCCUCCCUCCAGCUUCUAAACUUUAGUCCAGAAUAUAUAUCUGUUGCUGUAAAGGCAGGGAUCAUCACAGCUAUGGUUUCUCUAGCAGAAGGAAUAGCUAUUGGGAGGAGUUUCUCUAUCAUGGAUAAUGAACAAAUUGAUGGUAACAAAGAGAUGAUAGCCAUUGGCCUCAUGAAUAUUGUUGGCUCUUUCACUUCUUGCUACUUGAGUACAGGGCCAUUUUCAAAAACAGCAGUGAACCACAAUGCUGGAUGCAAGAGCCAAAUGUCAAAUGUAGUAAUGUCAAUGUGCAUGUUGCUAACUCUAUUAUUCUUGGCUCCACUCUUUGGCUAUACACCACUUGUUGCACUUGCUGCUAUCAUCAUGUCAGCAAUGCUUGGCCUAAUUGACUAUGAGAAGGCUUAUCACCUCUACAAGACUGACAAAUUUGAUUUCUUGAUUUGUAUGGUUGCAUUCUUUGGUGUUUCCUUCGUUAGCAUGGACAUGGGACUCAUGAUGUCGGUUGGACUUGCCUUGAUAAGGGCACUUCUAUAUGUAGCUAGGCCACCUACUUGCAAACUUGGAACCAUAACAAACACUGCGUUUCGUGACAUAGAACAAUAUCCUGGUUCAAAUGGAACUCCAGGAAUGUUGAUUUUGAAGCUUGGUUCUCCAAUAUACUUCCCAAAUAGCAAUUAUGUGAGAGAAAGGAUUCUCAGAUGGGUCAGAGAUGAGCAAUCUCUUGCAAACUCUAAAAGAAAUGAAAUUGAGUACUUGCUACUUGAUUUUGGAGGUGUUACAUCUAUUGACAUAACGGGUGUUGAAACUUUAUUUGAAGUUCGUAGAUCCCUAGAAGCAAAAUCGAUCAAGAUGAUAUUGAUUAAUCCAAGAUUGGGAGUCAUGGAAAAAUUAAUUGUGACAAGAUUCAUAGACGUGAUUGGAAAAGAAUCAGUGUUCUUAACAAUUGAAGAGGCAAUUGAAACUUGCAGAUUUUCACUAAAAUGUUCAAGCCAGACAAAAAGAGAAGACGUCGAAAUUGCUUAGCCUGCAAUUUUUUGGUUGUGGUAUUAUAAGCUACAACGUUGAAAUAACACAAGCAAAUUCAUUAUGUAAAUAUGCACAUAAACAAAAAGAAAAAAAUAGUUUUGUAUUCUGCCAAAGGGGGCUUGUUUCCUUUUUUUUUUUUUUUUUCCAACCCUUUUUCGUUUGUUCUUUUAUAACGUGUUUCUACCUUUCUUCCAAUUGUUUGUUAGUAUAAAUUUUGUAACUUGAGUUUCUUCUUCUUCUUCUUCUUUCCCUCUUGUACGUUGGAAGAACUAAAUGAAUUUCUUAAUAUCUUUCACAAA